AAAAAGAGAGGGGUUGUGACAGACGGACAACCUUUUUUUGAUAACCUAAAACGAUCCUAAUUAAUAGAAAUAAAAGGUGUUAUUAUAAAUAUACAUACCCGGAGUAUUCAUUAAAAGUGGAUUACUACGGAUAGAGGAUCGCUUAUCCGUAAAAUGUAAAGUUGGAGCUGGCGAUGAUGUCCCUUCGUUUGCAGUCAAAUCCACUUACCUAUGUUAACAUUUAAACCCAUUUCGACGCCCUGCUGUUGUAAUUUCCCCAAGAAAAACUGAAGUUUUGAGCGGAGGUUUGCAGCUAAACGGAGACAAAAUGGCACUCGAGGCAAAGACGCUGCGUUUCAAGUCCAAGUUUAUUACGGCCGAGCUGGCUCGUCUGUUCAGCCAGUCUGACAGCGAGGAGGACUUUGAAGGCUUCGGUGAGGAGGAUGAAAGAGCGGACAGAAGACGUUUUAACAUGCGAUUUAACACUAAGAUGUUGGAUUCAGAAGAUGGCAGUGAUGUGGACACAGGCUUCUACUCUGAUGGUGAGGAGACACCAGCGCCCAAGAGAAAAAGUCUCUUAGUCGCUCUCAGAUUUCCUGUCAAACAGUCGCCCACCUCCAAACGGGAGCCACAAGCAAAAAGCCUCAGGAAGCCGGUUAAAGAAACCGUGGCGCAGAGGGCGAAGAAGCAGGAGGAUAAACAAAGAGCAGAGAAGACAGACGAGGAGCAGGGAGAAGACGAGGCCAUGUGCCAAAGUCUGAGGAAGCGGGACAAAAACAUCCAGGAGAACAAGGCCAUGCUGGCUCAGCUGUUUGCUGAUCUCAGCACCAUGGCUGACCUGACUUUGCCCAACACCCCUCAAAAGAAGAAGCGCUCUCCGGUGAAAACAACGCCGCGCAAACGCAAAUUGGAACAGAACAGUGGCUCUGAAAGGAGGAACCCGUCCCGUAAAGCCCGCCCUCCUGAGAACUUUGCCGUGGACCAAGCAUGCGAGCCAUUGCCCCGCAGCGGCCCCAAGGCGAUAGACCUCAGGAGACUGGUGGAGGUGGAUGAAGAAAGUGCUGGCAACAGGCUGAAGAAGAAGAAGAGGAGGAGCAGGAGCCACAGACGCAGUCAAUACGAGUUCAAGUCGGUUGAUGACAUCACCGAAGAAGACUUGGACAACGUAGCGUUCCGCAGCAAAGACAAGAUCUGGGACAAGGACAAUGGAAGCUCGUGCCACCAGUGCAGACAGAAAACCCUGGAUACGAAGACGGUGUGCCGCAGUGGGUUUUGUUCAGCGGGCAAAGGCCAGUUCUGUGGGCCGUGCCUGAAGAACCGCUAUGGCGAGGAUGUGUGCACUGUAUUACUCGACCCGACGUGGUCGUGUCCUAUCUGCAGAGGAAUGUGUAACUGCAGCCUGUGUCGAAAGAAAGAGGGUCGCUGUGCUACUGGCAUUUUGGUCGGGGUGGCCCGCUACAAUGGCCAUGACAACGUCCAUGAGUAUCUGGAGAGAAUUCAGAAGGAGCUACAGUAAAGACCAGGGAGAUGCUCCAAGUUCUACUACAGAUUGAUACACUGCACAGUACUUUAGAACUCUUUAAUAAAUGUUUAUAUGUUAGACCAGUCUUUUUAUCUCACUAGAUUCACACUAUUGUCAUAGUAUAAAAAAAACCACUGUAACAGUAUUAGUACUGUACAUUUUUUUUUUUUUUUUACCCUGCAUUUUUGGUUUGUUUUCCUUAGUUUUUUCCCUCUCCAGAACAAACUAGGACUUCUUUGUAACUAAUACAAAAAACUUUACCACUGUGUACAUUGGUGCCUUUGACAUAACGUCUUUAAUUUCGUGACCACACUUAUAACUCAAAACACUCAUAUCGCAGAUCUUUUCCAAUUGAAAUUACUUAAAAUGCCAUUUAUCCAUUCCAGCUGCCCACAAAACACCAACAAAAAUAAAAAAAUAAAAUAUCAGUGUUGUACUUUAUAAAAACAUGCAGUAAUAACAUAAUUACAAAUAAUGGAAAUAAUAAAACAAAUUGUACAUUAUGGUUAAUUAAUUGUGUGGCUCCUUUUGGUGUGUGUU